AUGCGGUUUCCAUACUACAUUAUAUCAGUUUUUAUCUUAGCUUUAUUUGUUUCUUAUAACCCAACAUUAUGUCACGUAUACAAACAUUCUCCAGAAAAACUUAUAAACAGCCAUUUAUUUUACAUUGAACCAGCACGGACUGCCUUUUCUCGUGAUAUCAAACCAAUAAGUUAUCCUGAUAAAUGUAAAUUAAAACAGUUGCAUUUGAACACUAGACACGGGUCGAGAUAUCCAACUCCAGAUGAAAUUAAUGGUUAUGAAAAAUUGGAAAAAACAUUUGCUAAUGUUUCUAUUGCAAAAGAAUGGUAUAAAAAUGUUUUCCCAAUGAGGAAAAACCUUCAAUUGAUCAAACAAGGAGAAAUUGAACAGUAUUUUGACAGUUUACAAUCUCGUCAAAGAUAUGCAAAAUUUUGGAAAGGAGUUAAAUAUGACCCCGAAGUUAUAAAAUUCCAAAGUACUGCUACUUCAAG